AAAAACAACAACAACAACAACAACAACAACAACAACAACAACAACAACAACAGCUGCUGCUGCUGCUGCUGCUGCUGCUGCUGCUGCUCAGCGGCGAGCAGCGCGACGGCUAACGGCCAAGCUGACUAAAGCAGACGGGCAGUGAAGACUUUUGACAACAGUUUCACAGAAGAAGCUUGUAACGUCAGUUGAAGAUGGCUGGCGGGCCUGGAAAUGAAGAUCUGUUUGACAGUAUUCUUCUGGCGGAUGAACGGUUCCGAGGGGAGGGCUACCGGGAGGGAUUUGAGAAAGGGACCCGCCGAGGACUGCAAGAUGGUCGCAGACAUGGGGCCUCUCAUGGGGCCAAGUUGUCCACCGAAAUUUCCUUCUACUAUGGGUUUGCCAUCACAUGGAAAUGUCUUCUCCAAAAUAACAAAGAUGUCAAAUCAAGAAAGCGUAUGAAAGCUCUGGAGGCUCUCCUAGGUUUGAUCCAAAAUUCUCCUCAUGAUGAUCCGAAGUCUGCAAAGCUACAGGAAGACAUGGAGAAGCUUCGAGCCAAGUUCAGACAGGUCUGCUCUAUGUUGAGCGUACCAACUGACUUCAAGGAUUACAUCAAAACCUCUGAGGGGACUUCUUUCUAAAUCUCUCCUGAUGGUGGUGAUGAGGAGGAGCUGAGCUGACCUCUGGCUCCUGCACAGAAGAGGCAAGCUGAGUUGAUGUCAGCCUCACAGGCAACAGCAAGUGACUGGUCUGCGGAGGGUUUGGACUCUGAAGCAGUGACUGUGUCAGUUUGAAGGUCAUCUUUGAGUGAAGUCUUUGCUCUCACAUUCUGAUGGGAAGGUGUCACAUGCAGAGAAGUCCACGAUCCUCAUUAAACUGGAUCAAUCUGAGGAGAUGAAUGCAGUCACCCUUUAGCCUCAGUGUGAAUCCAGCUCAGGAGAAAGACUGUUUUUCUUGUUUGACAACAACAAUGAGAGAUUUGUUUUCAAAAAAUACUUAAUAGAACAAAGACACAUAAAAUUUUGAAACCAAAUUUCAUCUUUGGUGUCUGAAGUGUCUGUAUUCUUUGAGAUUUGCCUUGAAGAUUGAAGCAACUCAUGCUACUUUUGUGUAGUGUAGAAAAUAACUAAGUACAUUUAUUGAAAUGCUCUAAGUGAACUUAUGAGGUACUUACAUACACUUCAUAAUUCAUCCUGCUACGUCUAUCAGCAGUCACAUCAUCAAACAACACCAGUGACCCCGUUCCAUUGGUAGCCAUACAUGCCCAUGCCCCUUUUUUGGUGUUGCUUAGCUCGCCAGUGCAUUCCUUGCAAUUGCUAUUUUGGCCACUCUUAAAGUUUUUGCCAACUGUCUGAUAGGUUUGUUUUGUUUUUUUGGCCUAGUGAUGUCGUUCUUGUUUUGCGUCUACACCUCUUUGGACUACAUAUUGAGAAUUCCCAUAAACAGCAACCAAAUGCACAUUCAACACUUGGAAAACUCCAAAACCUUUUAUUUGACUAAUUUUACCAUGUAAAAGUCAAUUGUCCAAUUACUUUUGAGCCUCUGGAAAUUAAGGAAUAUUUACAAAAAUGGCUGUAAUUCCUAAGCAGUUAAUGCAAAA